AAAUGUCCAUUAAUAUUUCGCCACGUUUCAACCUUCAUUAAAGUCAUUUUCACUUUUAAUUAUUGGAACUGACCGAAGAAGUCGAAAAAAAAAAAAAAAAAAGUCACCAACUAGACUCAAACAGUUGAAAGUCUCUACCUGUUCGGAAAUCUUCUGAGACAAAAACCAAAAAUCGAUCGUUUUCCCUCUCAAAGGAAAAGCUGCAAGAGGAAGAAGAAUUGAUGGUGUUGCUGUUGGAGAAGGUUGUUGUAACUGAUUAAAUAACUGCUAGUGGCAUUAUUGUGAUUUAAUCGAGGGGGGGCGUCUCCUGAUGUGGCCUUUGUAUUUUCUGUUAAACAAGAUUCUUAAAACAGAUGAAGAAGGAGAAGACGGGGAUCACAUGAAUGUGGCAGCUGGAUGCUGCCAUUUUGAGCUAUCAUCUGAUAAUCGAAUUGGCCACGAGGCAUUGUUGCCUCGGUCACAUUUUGUUGAAGUUCCACACAUAAACCAACUGUUCUCUUGGGACUGUGGUCUUGCUUGUGUUUUGAUGGCUUUGACUACUGUUGGAAUUGAUAACUGUAGUCUUCAGAACUUGGCUGAGCUUUGUUGCACAACUAGCAUUUGGACUGUUGAUCUGGCUUACUUAUUGCAAAAGUUUUCAGUUAGGUUUUCCUAUUACACUGUAACAUUUGGAGCUAACCCAAACUACUCUGGUGAGAGGUAUUACAAGGAACAACUUCCUAAUGAUCUGGUUCGAGUAGAUUCGCUAUUCCAAAAAGCAAUGGAAGCAGGAAUCAAUAUACUGUGCAGGUCAAUCAGUAGAGAGGAAAUCUCUCGCUGGAUCUUGUCAGGGAAGUACAUUGCAAUUGCUUUGGUUGACCAGUACAAAUUGAGUCAGUCUUGGGUGGGGGAUGUCAUCAUCCCUGAAUUUCAUGGCAAUGAUGUAGGAUACACUGGUCACUAUGUUGUGAUAUGUGGCUAUGAUGCUGAAGCAGAUGAGUUUGAGAUUAGAGAUCCUGCAAGUUCAAGGAAACACGACAAGGUCUCAUCAAAAUGCCUGGAAGAAGCACACAAAUGCUUUGGUACUGAUGAAGAUCUUCUUCUGAUAUCACUUGAGGAGACCCGGAAGCAGAAAUUCUGUAUAUCAUGAUUUUCUCUACUUGUCUGUUUUCUUGCAAACCAUUCAUCAAUCUGCUCCGAUCAUUUUCUGCAGUGCACGUAUUCGAAGCUUGUGUACAGUAAGCUUUCAGAAGGAGUUAUGUUGUAGUUGCAUUUGUUAACAAAAACUCAUCUGUACAAAAGUGCAUUCAUUUGUAUAUGAAUUGUAUAUUGCAAUGUAAUUGUUGUAUAAUAAGUUCUGUAUUUUCUUAACAUUUCUUUGACGUUGUUGAGAACUUGUACCAAGAUUGUUAAAACUCAAAUCUAUAUAAUCUCAAAUGAAUGAAGAUUUAAUGUUUUUCUUUUGGUCCAUAAUUUUACUCUCCAUCAUGUUCCUUUUCUGCAUGUUUCAUCCUAUCACUUCAUUAUUUCAUGUUUUUGGACAGUCGUGAUGAUUCAAUCAUCCAACAUGUGGAAGUUGUUCCAUUAAAUAGUUGAAUUAUGCAACUGUAAGCCCCAAACAAAGAGAGAAGAAAUAAGCCGGUAUGUAUUCAUCCAAAUGACUGUAGUUUAAAGGUUAAAUUCGGAGGUUUCGAGUUAGAAUCUCGAGAAAAGAGUAAGAUUUACGGAAUAGAAAAGAAAUUAUCUUUUAUUAUGUAAUUCAAUAUCACAUAUUAAAAAAUCAUGUCGAUAAAUCAAAGCAAGACCCAUAAUUGAAAAAUAAUCCAAGCAAGGAAGCAUAUCAAUGUGGAUUUAAACCAUGGUGCUUGUAGACCUAAAAAAUGCAAAUCACGUGGCAAGCAAAUGUAAUAAGUUAAAAGGCUUAAAGCACCAAAUUUGGCGUAAAACCCUGGUUCCAGGGGUUUCCUCCCCACACUUUUGAGACCACAGCUGAUCUAUUUAUUCUAUUAAAUUAAAGAAUUUGGAGCUUCUGUUGGUAUAAUUGGAUU